UUCUGUUUUAUAUUUUUAUUUUCCUCUCUUAUUUGACAGAAUGCAUACAUAAAUAGUUCAAAAUAUGCAUUGGAGUCAUUAGCUCAGCGUCAUCAGAAUUUUAUAAUGUAAGCAACUUGCGCAACAAAUUGUUUGCCAUGACUUCGCUGACUUACGUAAGUUGGCGGUACAGACGAAUAUCGCACAGUGAUGAUAGAAGCGCACUCAGAUACGCGCGUACCAUUGAAUUAAUAUUUUCUCCAAAUAAAAUAAUUACCGCACGUGUCGUUAAGUGAACUUACUACGAUGGAAGAUUGGAUCAAAGUAACCCUAGUUCUGUGUCUGUUCGGGGCUUUGAAGGAGAUCCGGCCAUCGGAGCCUUUCGUCUCAGAGUUCUUAAUUGGAGAGUGGAGAGACAUAACAGAAGAUCAAUUAAACCGGGAUGUCUAUCCUAUAGGAACCUACUCUUAUUUAGCAUUAUUGGUUGUAGUUUUCUUGAUUACCGAUUUCUUGAGGUUUAAACCAGUUAUUAUACUCUCAGGACUAAGUGGCAUUGCAGUAUAUGCAAUACUUCUGUGGACAACAAGUUUAGAAUGGCUGCAAGCUUCCCAGUUCUUUUAUGGUCUAUACAUGGCCACCGAUGUUGCAUAUUUGACUUACAUCUAUGCAAAGGUGGACUCAUCGAGGUUCCCUAUAGUGUCGUCAUACACACGCAUCGCGGCGCUGGCCGGCCGCUUCAUAUCGGGUGUCACCGCGCAACUACUCGUCCACUACGGCCUCAUGGAUUACCGCGAACUUAACUACAUUACCUUUGCAGCUCAGAUCCUGGCGACUUUCUGGGCGCUGUGGCUGCCCCCAGUUCAGUUCGGCAUUUACUUCCAUCGCAAAAGUCAAAUCAACUCGGAACAGCUGACUGACGCCAACAAACCAGCACCAACUGAAAAACAAACAUUCCACCAGAACGUGGUAGAAGCGUCGUCGCUAAUCGGCCGGCACGCGCGCGCGGCGUACUCGAGGCCGCGCGUGAUCGCGUGGUCGGCGCUGUACGCAGCCUCGCUCGCGCUCUUCGUGCAGGUGCAGAUCUACAUGCAGCUGUUGUGGCGGCAGAUACAGGACGUUACAGGACAACAGGUGGCCUACAACGGGGCAGUGGAAGCGGCACAGACGCUGCUGGGCGCGGGCGGAGCUUUCAUAGCGUCGCUGUUCAGUAAGGCGGUGCUGCCCGCGCCCGCCGCCGCCGCGCAGGGCGUGGCGGUGUUCGUGGCCACCUUCGUGCCGGACGUCUUCGUGUCCUACGCCGGGUAUAUCGUCAUGGGCACGUUGUUCCACUACACCAUCACCUUGGCCAGUGCCAAAAUAGCCAGCCAGUUAUGCGACGAGAGCUGUUUCGGCUUGAUAUUCGGCAUCAACACGCUACUGGGCACCGGCCUGCAAUCGAUACUCACAGCGGUGCUCAUACAGAGCCUAGUCCUCAGUAUAUACUCCCAGUACUACGUCAUCAGCGGACUGCUGGUCGUACUAGCGAUAUUUUGGUUACUAGGGUGGAUCAUGAAUUCUUGUAGGCAAAUGGAAACGGUUAACAUCAAUAGCCAGUUUGAUGGAAGUAAAUCUUAACAAUGGUGACCCCUAACCAAUAUGUGGGGUAUGUAUGUGUAUGGUAAUAAAUUAAACUAAGGUGAAAAUUAUUUGAUUUCCACUGAGGAAUCAAUAAAGAUAAUUCAUUUAGGUAAUGACAUCUUACAUACGAUUUCAGUUUGCGACGUUGACAUGGUAAAGCAUGAACGUGUUAAAAAAAUUGAAAUGUAAAAAUUUACUACUAUAUUAUUGUUAUAAAAGACAAAAUAAAAGCUAUUUUUUUUUGCAUAGCCGAGUCUAAAUAGCGUGACCAGCCAGUAACAAUAUGACAUUUAAAGCAGGUAGUUUUUUAAAUCAGUACUCCCGCCUCGUAGUCUUCCAGUUGGACUACUGGUGAUUUUGUACUACUAAGUAAAACUUGUUCUAGACUAGUAGACCACUGUGACCACGUAUCCUAGUAGACUUAAGAAGAAAAACUAACUCUAAUAGAAACGAAAUUCCGCAGACAGCGGCGCUUUUAGUCGCUGACAAUAACAACGUGGCCACAUGUUGCCGCGAAAAUGAUUUAUGCUUUAGUACUACCCUUUCCUAACCAAUGGCGACACAGCUCGAUUGAGGGAAGAAUUCAGUAUUACAUAGUGAAAAGUAUUUAUACUUCAUUUGUAAAUACAAAUGAAGUAAUAGAACGUAAUGUAAGUAGAACGUAAGUUUUUAUGCACACACUGACAGAUGCCGACGCGGAUGAAUGAACAUUGUGAUAGAAAUUUGUUGACAUAAAUUGGGCCGGUAACCUGAUAGAAACACAUGGCGGUUGCGAAUAGACAAUUUAUUUUUUAUUUUGAUUCAUUAUUCUAACACAUUGCGUAGUUUGUAUCUGAGCUUCUUUUAGCAAGGUAAAACAUAAUAUGGACAUGUAUAUGUGCACAGUUUGAAAUAAAUAAAUUCAUUUAAUUUCAAAACUAGAAUGUACGUUGUAACCGUUUUCGUGUCGGCAUCUGACUUCGUCAAUAGUGAAUUUAUAUUCGAAAAUAAGUUGUAAUGAACUUAAUGUUUAUUUCCAGUUUAUUCCGUGUACGCAUCGUGUAUAAAAAGAGAAUGUGUGGCCGCAAUGACGUUUAACGUGUUUUGUGUGUCCUGGUGCCUCCCCCCCUGUGUUAGUAAUAACGCAUUUUAUAUAAUACUGUUAUAAUUUUGUUUUAUAUAGGGCUAUAGAAAUGACGUCGGUAAAUGUCGUAUAUAGUUCUAUGGUCUUUGUUUUUGCAAAUGAUUGAAUGAAUUGAAACUGACCCUUAUGACAUUAUGACUGAGAUGCGAAUGUUGAAUGCAUUUUGUAGUAGUUAGCUCACUGAACACGUGCAAUAUAGAUCAUUAUUUAAAUAGGUUCCUAUAUUUAUUUUUGUGUACUUAUCUAUUUAUAUGCUUUAGUCCUUUAAUUAUAUUCGAUAUUAGUAAAAUCUUCUUCGAAGAGUAAUUUAUUUCUUUCGUCGUGCUUUUUUUUCUAUUUUCUAUAUUUAUCCAUAGUAUGUAAUAUUAUAAAAAUAAAAAUAUAUAUUUUUUUAUGUAAUGAUAAAACUCAAAAACUAGCCAAUGAGCCAAUAUUGAUGUAAUUUGGCACAGGGAUAGAUUAAACCUUUAGGAGUAACAUUGGCUACUUUUUUAAUAUGGUUUUACCCGAGCGAAGCCGGGACAGACCGCUAGUUUCAUUAUAAAAUAUUUAAUAACAUUAUUUAUUGGUACAUUACUUAUUUGAGAUUUUUUAUUUAAAUGAGAUAUGUUUUUUUAAUAAACUACAAAACUUAGAGACUGAGUAGCGUAGUUGCCAUAUUCAUUGUUUUUCCUUUUAGAUGAAAUCGUAUAAAAAAUUAUAAGCUAAUACUUAUUACAUAUUUAAAUAAAUGUAAGUUACAAUUAUUUCUAAACUAUUUAUUAAAUUUGGUGAUGGUUAGAAAAUAAGACGGUUAUUCAUUAAAAAAAUCAACUGUAUAUAUAAGCUAUAUAGCCACAUUUGCAGUUGAUGUUUCUUAUGAAUAAUAUAUAAAAUAUUUGCCAAUAUUAGAAUCAAAGGAUAAGGAAAACUUAUAUUAAUGGCAAAAAAACUAGAUCUCCACAUGAAAUCAUGCAACCACUGUGUUACUUAAUAGUUUGGGCUGUGAUUUAAAAAUCCAUUCGCACUUAUUAUAAUGAAUUAUGAUCAUUUACAUGAUAAAUAAAUAACGAAAAUGCAAAUGAAACAAGUAUAUAAUAUACAUUUAUGUAUAAAUCGAUUAGUGUAUCUGCCCCAGGAAACUACUUAUAUGUAUAUGAAUGAUUGGUCAUCUAUUUUAUUAAUAUUGAUGUAAAAAAGACUGACUGAGCUAUAUUUAUUGUAAUAGAAAUACAAUAUACAAAAAAUAUGCAGCUCAUAACGUUUUAUAUCAAUGUAGGAGUGAGGUUAAUUAAUUGGCAACCUUGGCAAUGUAAGUUAAUGAACAUUCAUGUAUUUAUUUUUACCAAUGCAAUAACGUAACGGUUAUUUAUAGCAAAUAUUUAUAUUUUGUCCCUAAAUUCAUCAAAUAUAAAUAUUGGUUAUUUAA